CCUCGCUGUCGGGAGGGCCUUUCAGGCAUGACUGACGUUUAUUCUUUUCUUCAAGUUUGAAUCCGGCGUUCUGCCCAACAUGCGGUUCUAUCAGAUUGCAUCCCUAGGCCUUUGGGUAGGCAAAGGUGCGGCGAGUGGCAGUCAGCUCUUCCACGACACCUUCCAGCUGAACAAGUUACCUGACAUGGUGUCACUGGCCGAUGCCAAACUGAAAGACAUCGUACUCCCCGACUCCAUCUCUGAAUUCACUGAGUGGAUCGGAGGAAUCCCAGAACCACAAGCCUUUGGUUUACAGCCCAGACAACGGCAGUGUGUCGACGCAGGAUACUCGGUCUCGGAUGCUGUCCUGAAGGUAGCACCUGCGUCUCCAGCGGGUGCUGUCGAGGUAAUGCCAAACAAUGCGGCGCAGGCCGAUGUUACGAUCCAUCAUCACAGAUUUGUUGCAGUAGCGGCACAGCUUGUCUCAAAGGUCAGACCUGUGUCAGUGGAGGUUGCUGCAGCAGCGGUGAGACCAAGUGCGGCUCUUCUGGAUGCUAUAACCCGAACACCUCGGUUUGUUGCGGAGGUAUCGGUAGGAACUGCCCUAAGGGAUAUGACUGCAUGCCAGGUGGAGGGUGUUGUCCAUCCGGCCAGAAGCGAUGUGGUAAUAGCAAGUGUUAUAACCCACGAACGACCACUUGUUGUACCGGACCUGGAACUGUUUGGGCCUGUCCAAAGUCCAAAUGGAUCAUGCUUGAAGGGCACUACAUGCUGCGACAAAGAGUGCUGUCGAUCGAAUGGUUACUGUGCCUCCGAUGGCUACUGCAAGCUAUGCCCUGCUGCCACUAAGACCAUCAAGUCGACGGACACAGUCACCACGACUAAGAUGAAGACGGUCCGCGUUACAACCGACAUCGAGCCUGACACUGGCAACGCUCCCGAGUUUACAUGUGUGCCCAUGACAGCUACCAACGAUGAAGGUGCAACACUUGAGCUUGAUGAGGGAUGUACUCUGCACUACGAGCCUCCUGAAGCUACCACCACUGACAAUGCCGCUGCUCGUCUUCGCCGUGACGCCGCAACAGCACCUGCCCACGUCAACAGAGGACACGGUCUCAUGGCAAGACAAGCUUCCUGCACACCCUAUACAACUGUUACAAGAACCGAAUGGGAGACCGAGACCGAGACUGAAACUGGCACAAAGACCAUCACGGUCCAAGGCGAAGAUGCGACGUUCUCCUGCCCUGAAAUGGAAGUCACCAACGAUGUCGGCGAUACUCUUGCUCUUGAUGCCGAGUGCGUCUUGUCAUUUACGCCGGCUGAAACAACAAGUUCUGAGGAGGGAGCGUCAGCGCAGGAUCGGCCGACGGAUGAGCUUCAGGUCCCGGCUGGAACUGGGGAGGAGAGUACUACUACGGUAACAGCUACUGCAGGGAGUGGAGGUUCGAAUGAUAAUAGCGGCGCUAUUGAGAGAGCCUCGUUGUCACUAAUGUUGAGUUUUGCUGGUGUUGCAAUGUUUAUGCUUUGCAAUUAGGGUACAACUGUUUGUCUAGUGAUUUUACAUUUUGGGUUUCAUGUUUCUUAAAUAGUCUUUUCCUAUCGAUUUACUAAUUACAGAGCUCCUGUCUAACCAAGCUCCUGAUGUCCAAGGAUGCAUUGAUGGUUAAGGUCAGCAAAAUAUCGAUGUUAAUUAAG